UACAUGCACUCAAUACCGGAAAAAUCGUCAUCAGGUGUUUCAUAUUAUUGUGCACGUAAUCAAUUGCUAAAUACAUUUUGCUUUGUUAUUUCUACGUAACUUCAACGUUUAAAUUUCAAACGUUAGGGAUUACUCUGAUCGAACACGAGAAUGAAGCAGACAAUACAGAUCAGAUUCUUAGUUAUUACUUGAACGAUUAGAAACCAUAGUAUGUGAUAUUACAUAUGUAGUUGCAAGUUAGGCUAAAAAAUAAAACUUUGCAACCGAUAAACACAACACUACAGAUUGCGUUUUUAUUUAGCAGACGUCAAUGGUGAGCUAAAUUGAAUUUAAAACUACUGGAAUUAGUUAAGGAAAUAUGGACCUGACGUCGUGUCCCUCACCAAAACGGAGGUGUAUAAUACUCGACUCAACAAUGGACCGAAACAGCUCUAUGUCGAAAGCCUUGAUGAAUCCGCUGGUUCUGACCUUAGUCUUUCGCUGUCUAAACCUGCCUAACCUGAAGGCGUGUCGCCUCGUGUGUCUCGAUUGGGCAAAUGCUGGAGCCAGUUUACUAGGAAAGAAGACAAUUCUAAAUGUCAACGCGCUUUUCCGCUACGACGGGCCACAUUUGUUCCAGGCGACCCCCGUUAAUGAUCAACUUUUCCGCAGUAUCACUAUCCACGAGGAGUUUGACCAAAUUGCAUCGAGAUAUAAGACGAUCGACAUCAUCAAGAAUGGGAUAAGGAUGCUAAAAUUCCAAAAUAUUCAAAAUCUCACCACCGUUAUUGGGAAAUAUGCUGGUCAUAAUGAAAAUGUAGCUUUUCAAAAACUACCACUCCUCCCUAAUUUGACCUCGAUCAAGUAUGGACCUUCUAACGACAGGCUGGACAAGAUUUACCAACGCUACGCAUUUCCACUAGUUAUGCAAAUUACGAUUAACGCGGCACCAAAUUUGUCCGUGUUGGACGUCUCGGGGUCCCGCUUCCCCAACUUGAGCGGGUGCAGACAUCUCGAAAGGCUUAAAUUUUGUUUCAUAAGGUGUCAUGAUACAACUUAUCGUGACUUCAGUGUUGCCAAGGUGAUAAGGAUGUUGGGACAAGUUAAGGAUUCCUUGACAGAAGUGGAAUUAAGAUACAACAGUUAUUCGUUUGUUAGGCGGCAGAUUCGUAGUAUUGACGUUCCUGUGAUGUCGAAACUUACCACGCUCACAAUCCACUCAUUCCAUGCGUACCUGAUGCCUCAACUUUUUAACGAGGAGCACCUUCCAGCACUGACAAAUUUGUCGUUCGAAAACUUCAUGUAUUCAUCGAGUUUUUCAGCCCAUUUAGAGGCGUGGCAGCGACACAGAGGAGUAAAGUCUCUCGCUCUGGAACUUUGUUGGGCUUGGAGUCAGGACGAGUUUGCAGAAAGUAUUGCCCAAUUAUUUCCUGCCGUUAAGAAAUUUGAGCUAGAAAUGCAUGUCACUCGUGACAGCCCAAUCCAUGAGAUAAAUCAGAUGAUGACACCGUUCCAAACGUGGAAACUGGACGAGGUAAACGUAGACGUAGGAAUGGUGGAUGACUCGUCGUUGAUAGUUGCCGUCCUGAAAAAUAUGUCGCUGUGGAAUGGGAUUAAGCGUCUCCACUUUCACCACAUCAGGGUCACACAAAACAACUUUCAACCCUACAUUCAAGAUCUUAUUUUGUACCAUGCAGCAUUUAAAAGCCUGGCAUUUUCUGUGGUUACCGACGUAUCGCAAAUUGUGGAACUGGCGCCACCCGACAGUGGUAUCCCCAUUAAUUUUUCGGUGGCUGAAAUUUUGGAUAAAAUGCAACCCAUCUUCAAAGUCGAUUGAUCAAGAAUUUAUUCAAAACAUGGAGUCCGUUCAUUUCUAAAACAUACGACAGUGAUGCAGAAAUUGUGCAAUCAUGCAAUGGUGCAAUCAUAUUAUUUAGAUAUUACUUUUUAAGUGCAGACUUUCCCACGUAUUAAUUUCUAACAAAUAAAAAUUUCUAAUACAGUAUGUAACAUAACCCUAGCUACGACUUUUUUUAAAAUUUCAAAUUCAAUUUCUCAAGAAUGGAUGGAUAUUUUAAAAUGAUUUAUAUACAAUGUGCGAAUAAUAUAUCGGACAAUAUAUGUAUAUUGAGGCAAAUUUUUUGAAAUAAUAGAAAUAAAAUAUUUGAACGUCCAAGAACUACGAAUUGGACGUUACAUACA